ACUGUGAAAAUGGUCCACAUAUUGUUUUUGAUCUUCUGCCUGGUGGCUAGCAAUAUUAGCCACAGAGUUGAGGGCAUGCGUCCAGCAGAAGAAAAUUUGGAGUUGGAAAGACAACUAAAACAUAUUAAUAAGCCUCCUAUUGUGACUAUUAAUACAACUUUGGGGUACAUUGUUGAUUGCGUUGAUAUUAAGAAGCAACCCGCCUUUGACCACCCUUUACUAAAGAAUCAUAAGUUACAGCUUAAGCCAAGCUUUCAAAAUAUAAUGGGAAAAGCUGAUGAGAAAAAUUCAAGCGCUAAACUUAUUGGAUUUGGGCUUGAGAAAAAUCAAUGUCCAGUUGGAACUGUUCCUAUUCGGAGGACAACAAAAGAAGAUCUCAUACGAGGAAAAUCACUAUUUAACUAUCCCAUUUUGACAACAGGCCAACCAGGCACUCAUAUUGCCGAAGUAACUUAUGGACCAUUCGGAUUUAAACGUUUUUAUGGAGCUAGUGGAUCUGGUAGCCUUUGGAAUCCAAAAGUUAACCAUGAUCAAACAAGCAACUCUCAUAUGUGGGUUCAAAAUGGACAGGGAGAUGGUACUAAUAAAAUCACUGUUGGGUGGCAUGUGUCUCCAAAAUUAUACGGUGAUUAUGAAACUCACAUUUAUACAACAUGGACGUCUGACAAUUUCAAGAGGACUGGAUGCUACAAUCUUCAAUGUCCAGGUUUCGUUCAGAUAGACAGACAACUUCAUGUUGGUAUAGCGACUAAAACAUCUACCUACGGUGGAGAUACCGAAGAGCUCGACUUUUCUCUUUCACAGGACCCAAGCACACAAAAUUGGUGGGUGACCAUCGAACAUAAGAACAUUGGAUAUUUUCCAGCAGCUUUAUUUACCAACAUGAAGUGGGUUGAUAGAGUAGGAUGGGGUGGGACAACCACAACUCCUGCGGGUACUCCUAGUCCUCCAAUGGGAUCUGGGCAUUUUCCUGACCGUAUCUAUGAACAUACAUGUUAUUUUCGAUAUAUGUCAUAUAAGGAUGAAUCAAGAAAGGAUUAUGGACCUGAAGAAAAUGUGGCAAAGUCAUUCUCAGACAAACCUAAUUGCUUUGGUGUUGAUUACUACGGGUAUAAAGGAUCACAAGUUGGAUUUUCCGUCCAAUUUGGAGGACCUGGUGGUUUAUGUGGCAAUUGAUUAAUAGUUUUUG